CUUGUAAACUAACUCCUUGUCGUGGUAAAAGUCACACAGAAUUUAAAACAAAAUUUUACAGGUGUAAGGUGAUUAUCUGGCUCUGAUCUGUUUGGCUUGUUUUUAGGAGUACGAAUAGCGGAGUGAUCCGUGCAGUUUGGUUUUCCUCACGGCUUGUUUGGCUGUCGGCACAUCCCAGUCAGCAGGAAUCGGAGCUGGUAUUUUGUUACUUUCCAUUGAAAAUUUUCGCCGAAAUUAUCCGAAGAUCGCGACGAUCUGAUCCCGGGUCGCUCAACCAGUAGCCUCAGACGAUGGGAAAUGCAGCCGCGGCCAGGAGGGGAGAUCCCGCCGACACUGCCACUGCAUGCCAUGGGGAUGGCUCAUACUCUGACAGUGUGAAAGAGUUUCUUGCAAAAGCCAAAGAAGACUUCACGAAGAAAUGGGAGAGUCCAUCACAGAACACAGCGUCGCUGGAUGAAUUUGACCGUCUGAAGACGCUGGGAACCGGGUCGUUUGGCCGAGUCAUGUUGGUGCAGCAUAAAGCCACGCAAAACUUCUACGCCAUGAAGAUACUUGACAAACAGAAGGUUGUAAAAUUGAAGCAGGUUGAGCACACGCUGAAUGAGAAGCGCAUCCUGCAGGCCAUUAGCUUCCCCUUCCUUGUUAGCUUAGAGUUCCACUUCAAGGACAACUCGAAUCUCUACAUGGUGCUGGAGUAUGUACCGGGUGGAGAGAUGUUCUCCCAUUUACGACGGAUAGGAAGAUUCAGUGAGCAGCACUCCAGGUUCUAUGCAGCCCAGAUCGUGCUGACGUUUGAGUACCUGCAUUCCUUGGACAUCAUCUACAGGGACUUGAAGCCAGAGAACUUACUCAUAGACCAGCUGGGCUACCUCAAGGUGACAGAUUUUGGGUUUGCAAAGCGGGUGAAGGGCAGAACGUGGACACUGUGUGGGACACCUGAGUACCUUGCCCCAGAGAUUAUCCUCAGCAAGGGCUACAACAAGGCAGUAGACUGGUGGGCGCUGGGUGUGCUGGUGUAUGAGAUGGCGGCCGGCUACCCGCCCUUCUUUGCUGACCAGCCCAUCCAGAUCUACGAGAAGAUUGUUUCAGGGAAGGUUCGCUUCCCGUCCCACUUCAGCUCGGACCUGAAGGACCUCCUGCGGAACCUGCUGCAGGUGGACCUGACCAAGCGCUACGGAAACCUGAAGAACGCCGUCAACGACAUCAAGAACCACAAGUGGUUCCAGACCACGGACUGGAUCCUGGUCUACCAGCGGAAGUGCGACGUGGAGGCUCCCUUCAUCCCCAAGUGUAAAGGCCCGGGAGACUCCAGCAACUUCGACGACUACGAGGAGGAACCUCUCCGCAUUUCUGCAACGGAAAAGUGUGCAAAAGAGUUCCACGACUUCUGAUGGGUGUUCACUGAUAGAGAGAGGAGGGGGGGACACAACACAACACACAACGACUGGCCAGAAGGUUCAACACCAACAACAACGACUUGCAGCCAUCUCUUAUACAGUAGUAGUAAAACACUACGCUACGUACGGUAGACUCUACGUAUCGUAGGUCUGCCCACCUUUUCAGUAUUGUUCGAUCGUAAGGAAUUCUUGCCACCAUGUCUGAAGCUGUUAUAAUAACUUACUACCCACGUUUCCUCACUCACAAGGUCCCUUCACGAGUUCACAAAACGUACUACCGGUACCGUUGUCGGGGGAAACGCGUUUGUUGCCAUGGUAACAUGUUUCCUUGGCAACGGGAAGUUAUCACUCAGUUCUAGUGAAAAAAAGUGGAGCUGGCCGUCCCAGUCUAGUGGGGUACCAGAACUUUUUUGUCAGGGAAAUGAAGAAAAAAAACAACUAAUUUUUGGCUGUUUUCUUCGCACUGUUUUCCAAGGCAUUAAGCAAGGAAAGGGUGGAUGUGUUAACCUUCUCCCUGCUGCCUAACCCUGUAUGUAACCAAAACAGAUUUGGUGCCAAAAAGGCCACCGCAGCAGAGGGGAGGUUUAAGUUGAACUCAGCCAGAUUUUGUCUCUGUUACGUCAGUUUUUGAAGUGGUUGUUUCAACUUUGGUUUCUCCAGUUCCGUCUACAAUGAAGUUGAUGCAAUGUUAAGGAGGUAAAAACUUGUUAUCAUAAUCAACUGUUCUUAAAAGACAAAAAAAUUCUACCAGUCUUUUUGUUUUGAAGUUCGCAAGACCAACACGAGUUGUGCAAAGGACAAGUUUCGCUCCAAGUUAUGAGAAAUCAGCCAAUACAGCCACUUUGAAAAGUGACCUAACUACGCUGCACUUUAGUAACAGGAGACCCAAGAAGUGAUUUUGAGGGAUUCUGACAUGCAUGUCCGUCUGCUGGCCAGUGGAACAUUGUUUCUUACCUUGUUAUAAAGCCACACACUGUCUUGUCCACGAUUCAGACCUGUUGCCUACCCAGUCUGUAAGCCUCAUGACAAACCAAAACUUCUGUUUUCUUCUAGUUUCCACUUCUGUUAACCUUUUCCUUGCCAAUGUAGCCUUCUGAUGCCAAGUUUGUGUUGGUGAGAGGGUUAUGCAGCAGGGAGAAGGUUAACUUACAAACUGGUAUUGGUUCACAGCAAAAAAAAACCUUCUGUUUGCCACUGGUUUCCACUUCUGUUAACCUUUUCCCUGCUGAUGUAGCCUUCUGGUGCCAAGUUUGUGUUGGUGAGAGGGUUAGGCAGCAGGAAGAAGGUUAACUCACAAACUUGUAUAUGUUCACAGCAAAAAAA